CAGCAGCUUCGGCUCGGCGCGGUUUCCUUCAGCGGCAGCUUCGGCCGGGCUCCUUUUGGCGGCAGCUUCGGCGGGGUUCCUUUGGCAGCGAUCGCGGCAGCAGCAGCUUCGGCAAGGCGCGGCUUCCUUCAGCGGCAAUUUCGGCAGCAGCAGCUUCGGCGGCGGCUUCUCUGCCGGCGCACGUGGGCCUCCGGAGGCUUCCUGUGGCCAGGGUGGCUGGGCGGCAGCGAGCCCCCCCCCCAACCUCAUUGAGAGACAGGGAGGCAGUGGCGGCGGGCAACAAGGCCUAGGCGGCGAGGAUCCUGGGGCAGUCACGACGAGGCGGCAGCGCAGGAUCGGAUCCAGCACGGCGAGGACCACAGGCUAGGCGGCCUUUGGCCGGCAACUUUUAAAUUUAAUUGUUAAUUUUAAUUAGCGCGGGGGUAGGUGGGGCACGACCCAACCAUCAAUCCUUGCCACGUGCAGGGCAAUUAGGCUACCCUCCAGGAUAAUUGGGUGCCGGGUGGGGGUAUUGAUUAAGCAGGCGGGCUCCUUCACAACGCUUUGUAAUCACGUCGUUUUGCAAGCGGGGCCCCCUAUCUCCCUCUAGUAUGCCUAAGAAAGGACAAGGGGGGCCAAAAGGGAAGGGAAAGGCCCCCAGAGCAGGGGGGAGAUGCCCACCCCCAGCGGCGGAGGGGGCAAGGAGUGGGGAGGGGCCACCAUGGGCGGCCAUAUUAGCCAGGUUGGAAGCCCUAGAACAUGGCUCAAGCCACCCUAAUGCACCCCGGGACCAACCUGUGACAGGGAAGAAGAAAGACCCACCACCCAAACGGUCUCGGGGGAAAACACAGCGGCCAGUGAACAGUGCUGAUGCAGGGGCUGUUGCUUCCAUCUUAGCGCGACUGGAUGUGCUGGAGGCCGGGCUCAGGGCUGAGGCGAGGACGCCCAGCAUAGAGCCAGGCGCAACUCCCACCCUGCAAGCAGCCCCAACAAUGCAGCCCGCACAAGGACCUUCGGCGGAAAGCACACAGGAUCGCUGGACAAGAUCGGAGCAGCCACGCAUCCUCCUAUGUGGCCACAGUAUGAUGUUCUGGGCAGGCCGCAGGGCGGCGAAGUCUCGCUUCGGCACGCAGCUGGGGCUCAGUCAAUGGGCCGCAGUGCGGUGGCUGGGACGUCGGGGGAUGCGUUGGGAUGGGCUCCUGCCAGCCUUGUUUCAACCGGCUGUGGAAGUGGCAGCGCCCCAGGUGCUGGUGAUCCACCUCGGGGGCAACGACUUGGGUCUGUUAAAGGGCAAGGCCCUAAUUGAACAGGCAUGCGGUGACCUCCGGGCCAUUGCACGUCGCUGGCCGGGGGUGCACUUAGUGUGGUCAGACAUCCUGCCGCGCAGGAGGUGGAAUUGUGCCGGUGACCCACGAGGGAUGGACAGGGCACGGAAAAAGGUGAACAGGCAAAUUCAGAGGGCCCUUAGGGACUUAGGAGGUUCUGUCAUCCACCACCCAGAGGUGGGCCACAACAAGCUUGAGCUGUUUCGGCCUGACGGCGUCCAUUUGACGGACAAGGGCAACGACAUCUUUCUAAGGGACCUGCAGAAGGGUUUACACCAGAUUCUUAUCGGGUGUGGGGUAAAGGGGGACUAAGCAGAGGCUUGUCCCCCUUCUGUGGCGAAGAAGUGCGGGGAAAGGUUAAAGGGAAAGGGCAGCUAGGUGACACCUUUAGGCACCUUUGGGGGUGACAGGCGGUCCGGAGGCCUGCAGCUCAGGGCUACACGGCCCGGGGACAGGGUACGGGCCGCCUUUGGGGCCAACGUGCCUCAUCCGCUCAGAGUUUCAGGGCUCCGAGGGGCGGUGAUGCGGGUUGGACCCCCUACACAUCUUCAGGGUGUGGCUGGAGCUGGGGGGCUGGCACAGGGCAGCCCCAGGCUCAGGCAGGGCAUGAUCGCCCGAUAGCUGCUAACAGGCUUUGCCUGGAUCUCCAGAACGCCCCGCCCUUAAUCUCCCUUCUGCAGGUUCAUUAUUCAAUUGAUUCUGUUUAAAUAAAGUGGCCCAUCAUUUACCCAAGCAAUGGUGUCUGUGUUUUAUUUCGGCAAUAGGCCGCAAUCCCGUUCCGUGCCUGGGACCUACCGGGCAGAGGGACGAGC